AUGGCUUCAACAUCCGCCUCCGCAGAUACUUCUGCGACGGCUUCUACGCCUAAGAAAUACAACCUCCGCAACCCGCUCCCCCCUCUCGGCCUCCCAAGAACAAGAAGUCAAGCAGAUGUACUACAAGCGUCUUUUGCUGAAUGCGCUGUCAACCGUACCGUCACUGCCACAUGGGUCUGCCGACAACAGCGUCUCGCCAUGAAUGCCUGCAUGGUCACUCACGCCAAUAACAGGGAGGAAGAAGAUCGCGCCCGCGAGGAGUGGUUCUCAACACACGAGGAGCGGCGUCGUGCGAAGGAGGAAGAGCUGGUACGGGUUGAGAAGCGACGCGCGGAGGUCAUCAAGAUGAUGCGGGAAGACGAAGAGCGGAGGCGGCAACAGGCUGAGGGAAAGUGA